AUGGAGGAUGCUCAUGUGGCCCAGUUAAAUCUCGAAGGCAAGAAAAACCAUGCGUUUUUUGGGGUUUUUGAUGGACACAAUGGGUAUAAAAUUGCGAAGUAUUGCAGUGGGCAUAUUCUUGAUGAACUUAUGGCUACACCCGAGUACCGUGAGGGCGUAUAUGAUGAAGCGUUUAAAAAAGCUUUUAUAUCCUUAGAUAUGAAGCUUUCUGAAAUGCCUACACUUCGAUCAGAAGGAGGGACAGCCAUAAUUUGUGUACUGUUGGCUCAUGGUGAAAUUGUGUGUGCAAAUGCUGGUGAUAGUCGCGCGGUAUUGUUUCGAGGAGAUAGAGCUAUUCCGUUGAGUAGUGAUCAUAAGCCUACUGUAGCGGCAGAAAAGGCGAGAAUUGAGAAGGCGGGUGGGACUGUUCAGUGUCAACGUAUCAAUGGUACUAUUGCGCUUAGCCGAGCAAUAGGCGAUUUUGAUUUCAAGGAUAAUCCCAAGAUUAUUUGGGAAGAACAAAUGGUUACGGCUUUACCAGAGGUGAAUAAAGAUAGAUUGACUUCUGAAGAUGCAUUCAUCGUCAUCGCUUGUGAUGGGGUGUGGGAUGUUCUGUCUAAUGAAGAGUGUUGCGAUAUUGUCAAGAAGGGUCUUAAAGAAACAGAUGGUGAUAUUGGUUUGGUCUGUGAAAUGGUGUUGGAUAAGUGUUUAGCCCCAAGGGUGCAAGGAGUCGGAUGUGAUAAUAUGACAAUUAUUGUGGCCCAAUUUAAACCAGCGUUCUUCUGUUAG